ACCGCUAACCAAUCAGCGUGUAGUAUGAAUGUCUCAGGUUUUGAAGCCAUGAAAAACGGCAUCGGUUUGUCGUCUUGAACAAUGACAACAAACUACGGGCAUUUUAGUUUGAAUUCGGACGUUUAAAGUAAAACAAAAGCCUCUGCGAUACGAACAUACUCCUCUAGAAGACGGUCUGAAGGUGUAGUAGCCAUGAGCUGGGCAGCUCAGGAGUGGAAGGAUGGAUUGCCCACCCGGGCUCUCCAGAAGGUCAAUGAGAUAGAGACAAACCUGGAGAAGCUGAAGAAGGAGCAGAAACAGCGCCAGUUCCAAAUGGACAGCCUGGAGCAGACGCUGCAGAAGACAAAACGCAACUUUGAAGAGGAGAAAAAUAAGGUUACCCUUAUGAAACGAGAGAACCAGACACUUGUUGAGUCCUGUGAGGACCUGCAGAAGAAGCGAGAGAAGAUUCAACAUGACCUGCAGACAAAAGAAUCCCUGGUGUCCUGUAUGGAAGGCCAGUUGUCCCACGCCAAGGCUUCCCUGGACACAGAGACUGGCAGGAACCACCAGCUGAAGGGGGACCUGGAGCGGGUGGAACAGGAACUUGCCAAGGCUCAGCAUCGUGCUGAGAAACUACAGGCUGAAAACUCACAGCUACAGGAGGCAUCUAACCACCAGCGUCAGGAGUUAGAAGGGAAGACAGAGAAAAUCAAGAACCUGCAGCAGGAGAUUAAAAAGCUGCAGUUUGAGCUGGAGCGUGGGAGGAGUCAGGAGUACACGGGGAGUAGGAGGCAUGGGAGCGGGAGCAGCAGUGAUGAUGAAAGCUCUCACCUGAAGAAGAAGAUAACUGACCUCGAGAGUCAGCGGGACAGGGAUGCAGCUGAAUUCAACAGGGUUAACACUGAACUUAAGCACCUUAAACAGAAGCUGAAUGAGAAACAGGCCGCAUCCUCUCCUGUCACCCCAGCAAAGUCAAAUGUGGCUGUUUCCUUUGACCUCGUGUCCCUUGGUUCCCCUGCUGCCCCAGUCAGCACCCCUCGUACCAGGUCUCAGACCCAACAGUUACGAGACCCCUUUGGUACUCCCCCUCCCCCACCUGCUGCACAGAUGGAUAACACUGAGCUGGUCAGGCUGCAGGGUCUGCUGCAGGACUCCAAGAAACAGACAGAAGACCUGAAGACACAGCUAUCCCAGUUUGAGCUGCAGCUGCAGGGGAAGGAAACAGAACUGCAGCGGCAGGUGGCGCUGGUGAAGGAGGCUCAGGAGCAGGUGCAGAAGCUGACAUCUACCCUGCAGGACAGGGACAAAACUGUCUCCAAGAUGCAGGACGAGGCCAGCAAGACAAAGAACCAAGUAGAGCAGGGUCAGGCAAAGAUUGCUGAGCUUGAGAAGAAGCUGAAGUCUCUAGGCCAGGAGCUGGAGUGUCAGCGCCACAAUGCUGAGUCUGCUCGCCAGUCACACGAGCAGCGCCUCAAGGAAAGGGAACGGGAGCUCAACGCUGAGAUAGCGCAACAGGCUCAGAUGCUUGCCUCCAUGGACAAACAGCAUCAGGAGACCAGGAACAAACUCCAGCAGGAGAUCCAACAGGCCCAGAAUGAGAGAAACAAGGUGCAGGCAGAAGCUGAGGGCGUAGACAGGGAAAAGGGCAAACUGGAGAAACAACUCCUAGAGCUGCAACAGAAACUACAGUGUGCUGAGCAGAACAUAAAGUCUAAGGAGACGUCUAUGACAGAGAUAAAGAAACAGCUCCAGGAGAUGACCAGGGAACGAGACUCGCUCACCAACAAGGCAGACGAGAGUGCAAGGCAGGAGAAACACAUCCAGGAACUCAAACAGAAAUUACUGAACACAGAGAACAAGGCAACUCACCAGGAGAACCUAACUGCAGAGACUAAGAAACAGCUGCAGACCCUGACAACAGAGCGAGACAAACUCAGCUGUCAGCUGGAGAAGAAGGACUGUGACCUGUCCAACCUGCAGGAGCAGCUCAAGAAGAGUAAGGAGAGCAGUGCUGAGUUGUCAGCCCUACAGAGGGAACACCAGCAGCUCAAGACAGACCUCAAGAACCUACAGAACACCAAGAAUGAGCUGCAGGAUGAGACCCGCCAGCUGAAGGACCAGGUGAGGGACCAGAAGCAGGAGACUGAACAGAAAACUGCACAACUGGAGAAGGACAAGAAGGAGCUACAGAACAGCAUUGCCCAGCUGGAGGCACGUGGCAAGGAGAUGGAGGCCAGGGCACAGGAGGCACAGAAAACAAAAGAACAAGAGCUGGCCAAGAAGGCUGAGGAUAUGUCUGGCCUGCAGAAAAGCCUGGAUGAUAGGCUACAGGACUUACAAAAGGCAGAGGAGAGGCUAACAGAUAUGGAGAAUAAACUCAAGCAGGCUCAGGAUGAGACCAACCAGCUGCAUUCUGAGAUUGACACUGUCCGUCAGGAGAAGGGUGUGGUUGAGGCCAGAGUGUCAGAUCUAGAGGAGGAGGUGAAGAAAGCCUACAACUCUGUGGAGCUGCAGACUGCACAGCUCAGGGCCACAACAGACGGACUGGAGAAAGAAAAUACUACAUUGCAGACUGACUAUAAGAAGGCCUGUGAGCUGGCUGACAACAAGGCUAAGGAGGCCAGUGACCUGCUGGACACACUUCAGAAGUCUGAGGAGGAGACUACUAAGUACCGUCACCGUUCGGAGUCAGCAGAGACAGAACUCAAGACUGGGCAGGAGAAGCUCCAGGAGGUCCAAAAGGAAUUGGCUUCUCUCAAGCAAACUUUGCAGGACAAAGAAGAGGCUCUUACAAUUGUCAAGACAGAGUUUAAGGAGACCCAAGCUAACCUGGAAGCCAAACUUGGGCACAGUGAGCAGCUUCUGACAGAACGAGAUGCACAGCUCCAGAAGGUGAAGGAAGAGCUGGGCAGCUCCACCCAGCAGGUUGCAUUGGUGAUGCAGCAGUUGGAGGAAAAACAGGAUAGCCUUGCACAGCUUUGGGGACAGCAUGAUGACCUGACAGCACAGCAACAACAGCUGACUCUCCAGUAUAGUGCCAAACAGGAGGAGCUGCAGAAAGCUGAGAUCAGACUACAGGAGAUGGAGGCUGAUGCUGACAAGACCAGAAAAGAUUUGGAAGAACAGGUGGCACAGCUGAAUAAGGAGUUGUCAGAGCUGGCUGUUAAACUGGACAGCAAGCAGGAAAUCUUAGAAAAGAAAGACCUGCAGAUCCAAGCAGCCCAAGAAGAGCAGAGCAGUAUCAGCAAAGAGCUAUGUGAAGUGUCAUCUCAGCUAGAUCAAGAGAAGGCAAACAGCAAACACCUGCAGCAACAGCUGGACCAGCUGGAUGAGAAGCACCUGCAGGUUACCCAGCUGCACUCAUCUGCACAGGCACAGCUGGCGGAAAUUGAGAAGAAGCUACAAGACACUGAAGUAUCAGCCGACAAAAUGACUAAGGAACUACAAAACCAGAUCAAUCAAGUUGAAAACGAGACAGCCAAGCUGAGGGGUCAACUGGAAAGUCAAGAGGAGGCAGUGAAAUCCAAGGACCUACAGUUAGAGGCUGCAAGGGCACAGCUGCAAGAUGCGGAGUCCGCUGCUGCAAGGAUGACAGAGGAACUGCAACAAAAGGUUACCGAGCUGCAGCAAGAGGUCAGUAGCUUGUCACAGGAAUGUGAGACUCAGAAGGCAGCAGUUGAAGCCAAGGAUCAUCAACUGACAUCUUUGAAGUCUGAGCUACAAGAAGCCAUUGAUGAGAAACAGAUGCUGCAGGGGAAGAUGGAGGUGCUGCAGAUGGAUGUGGACGACCAGAGGGAGCAGCAGGAGGAACUGCAGACACAGCUGGAGAAGGCUCAGGCUGCCAUGGCAACUGCCCAGAGUCAUGUGAUGGAGAAGGAUGCAAAUAUUGCACAGUUAGAGGUGGAAUUCGAGACUGCCCAGAAAGAUGUUGAUACCUUGAAGCAGGUUCUUCAGGAUAAGGAGGAGAAACUGAGAGCUACAGAGGACCAACUGGAAUGUGCCAACAUGUCUGUAGAGAAUAGCAAGUCUGAAAUCCAAGCCAGGCAAGAAGAGAUGGAAAUCUUGGAAAAAGAGUUGCAGGCAGCACAGAAGGAUGCUGAUUCCCUCCGACAGGAAUCUGAAUGCAAAGAAGAGAAACUGAGAGAUGCUAAUGACCAGUUAGAGCAGGCAAGCUUGGCUAUGCAGAACAACAAGUCCCAACUCCAUUCCAAGGAAGAGGAGCUGGAAAACCUGAAAGCUGAAGCCCAGAAGAUGGGAGAUGAGCUGGCAUCUGCCAAACUGGAGCUGCAGUCAGGUGGAGAACUGAUGGAGUCUCUGACCUCCCAACUAAACCAACAAAAUGAGACUUUACAGAAGCUGAGGGCUGACUUGGAAACAGCUUCUGACAAGCUUUCAGAGAGUCAACUGCAAAGCGAAAAUCUUCAGAGCAGGCUGUCAGAGUUAGAGAAGGAAGCGGAGGGAAAAGAUGUGACAAUAGCAGAGCUACAAGAUCAGACAGAGUCUCUCCAAACCUUGACCCAGAGUCUGAGGGAAGAGCUGGCACAGAAACAGGAGGAGCAGAGUCGGGAGCUGGGCAGUCUGCACUCACAGCUACAGCUGACACAGAUGGACAUGGAGGACAAGGAGACCAUGAUCAAAUCUCUAGAAACACAAGUAGAGCAACUGCAGCAUAUGGUAGAUGACAAGACAGGAGAGUGUACCAAACUUGCUGAUGAUGUGGACAAGCUGGAGGCCACAGGAGAGGAACGGGAAAAGAAGCUGCAGUCCCUGGAAGAACAGAUAGCCAGCCUUCUUCAGAGCACCAAAGAAACAGAGACCAAGUCAGCUGGGAAGAUUGAGGAUUUUCAAGCAUCACUCACAAAAGUUGAAGAGGAGAGAGACUCUCUGACGGCUGAACUCAAUAAAGCACAGUUUGACCUUGACAACCAACAAAGUGACCUUGAUGGCAUGACACAGCAGUUUGAACAGCAAGCAACAGCCAAGGCCCAACUGGAACAACAUUGUCAAGAAUUGUCCUCUCGGUGUGACACACUACAACAGGAGCUGGGGACAGCAAAGGCUGAAAAUGCAAGUUACCUAGAGCAGAAAUCUCAGUUGGAAACCAACGUGUCAGAGUUAAGUCAGAAACUGGAUUUGACACAAAUAGAAAUGGAUGAAACUGCAGGCAGGUUGAAGAACACUGUUACCACCAUCGAGGCUGAAAAACUACAGCUACAAGAACAGCUUGACGAGGCAAACAUUAAGCUAGAAAGAGCUGAAGCUGAUGUCAAAGACAUUAGCAAUAUGCUGUCACAACUGUCCAAGGCCCUAGAGGACAAUCAAAGAAAUUCUGACUCCAGGAUCAUGGCUUUGAAAAGUGAGAAGGAGGCUGUACUGAGUGAGCUGAAGGCUACAAAAGAAGCACUUGAACAGAAGUCCACACGACAAAGAGCUUGGAGGAAGCUCAGAGGGAGCUGUCUCAGCUGCAGGGUGAGCUGGAAACAACUGGAAACACAAACUUGUCCCUGACAUCACAGGUGCAGGCACAGAAGGCAGAGAUGGAGGGAAUGACAAAGGCAAUGAUGGAGAAAGACAACCUGAUCUGUGACUUGGAAGAGAGUACAAAAAGCCAAGGAAAACAGAUUCAAGAUCUUAAAGCAGAGCUGGAAGGAGUGGAGGAGGAAAUGUCAUCCAGUCAGAAAGGUCUUCAUCAGUCAAUUCAAGAGAAGAACAGCGAGCUUAGUCGGAUGCAGGAAGAGCGAGAUGACAUCCAAUCAAUCCUUGAAAAGAAAGUAAUGGAGGUAGCUAUGCUGGAAGAGGACAUUCAGGCACGGGACUCAGAGUUGGCAGAAACACGAGAAAAGCACUGUGCAGCAAAGCAAGAACUACAGGCUGACAUUGAAAGUGUCAGGCAAACCCUGGCCACAGUUACACAGAACCUGACAGAGAAGAGGCAGCAUUGCGAUACCCUGAAGGCUGAAGUUGCCAGACUAGAAAGUGAAAAACAGGAAGCUGAAAAACUGCAGGAAAGUGCUGCAGCUCAGCACAGAGCUGUACAGGAGCAGGGCAGGGCAGCUAUUGCGGACAUUAAGGAAGAGAUGGCACAAAGGGAAAAGCAACUUGCAGACAAGAAUGAUCUUAUAACUGAGCUACAAGCUGAGAUUGACAGGCUUCAGACAACAGCUGCAGAAGCUGCCAGAUUAUCAGCUACAACAGAAGAUGACUUGAAAAAGCAGAUGCGAGAAAUGGAAGCAAAGAUGGCAGACACAGAAACCCUCCUAGCUGAGAAGGCUGCCAAUGCAGAGCAGAGUGCCCAAGAACUACAACAGCUGCAGCUCAGCAGUGCCUCCUUGCACUCUGAGACAGAAACAAAGCUGAAGAACACUCAGGAUGAGCUGGAGCAGUUGCAGUCCAGUCAUCAGACAGAGAUGGAGCUGCUGCAGUCCAGGUGUGAGAAGAUGGAGGAGGAACAUCAACAUGCUCUACAGGUGGAGCAGGAGUCAGCUGCCAGUCUGAGGGAGGCCCUACAUCUGGCCCAGGAACAACUCGGGGCACAGACCAGCUCAUCAGACAGGACCAUGUUGGAGCACACCCAGAGACUGGCAGAGUUAGAAUCUGAGCUGCAGCAGUCACAAAGUCAGUGCACAAAUCAAGAAGAGGUGGUGAAAAAGUUGCAGCACCAGAUGGAAGACCUGCAGAAGAAGCUGACCCAUGCUGCAGAGCACAUCACAUCCCUGCAGGAAGAGCUGCGGCAGCAGGCUGACGCCAUGGCAACGGCAGAGAAGGAGAUGGUCCACGUACAACAUGAACAUGAGGCCAAGCUCAGGGAAGACGAAUCGGAAGUGAAAAGUCUAACUGCCAAGAUAGCUGCUGUGAACAGCAAACUUGAGGAACUACAGCAAGAGAGAGACGACUUGAAGACACAGGUAGUGGAACUGGGUACAGAAGUUGAGCAGACCCUGACUGAGAAUGAAGCACUCAAAGAGGAAAGGGAGACUCUUCUUCAGGAUCUGGAGUCGUUGCGAGGUUCACGAGAGACUCUCUCUCAGAAGCUGCUCUCAACACAGGAGGAGCUGACACAGACCCUGAGCUCACAGUCUCAAACCAAGAUACAGACUGACACUGAUGUUUCCACUCUUCAAGAAGAAAAGGAAGCUCUUGAAAAGGACCUGGAACGGAUUGAUGAGGAAAACAAGAUGCUGUCUGAAGAGCUGUCUAAUUUGCAGGACAAGUUGAAAGAAGCCCUGGCUGAGAAAUCCUCUCUAGACUACCAAUUCAACACAGCUUCUGAUGAGCUGAAUGUACUGAAGGAGGAGCAGAAGGCAGUCAUAAAUCAUUCUGAGGAACUGCAGGGACAGAACUCACUGUUAAAGGAGCAAGUCAAAUCCCUUGAGAAUGAGAAAGAAAACCUCAGCGCAACAAUUGCUGAAACCACAGUUCAGAUCAGACCACUAGAAGAGGAAAAAGAGAGGCUGUCCAAAAAAAUUGAUGAACUGACCGUAAGAAUUAAUGAGUUAGAGGAGAACAGGAGUGACCUGGAAUGCAAACUGGUGUCGGCUACAGGUGAAAGCACACAACUCAAGGCAGAGAAGGAACACUUGAACAAACAAAUUGAAGAAAUGGAAGUCCAACUGGCAAAUCUAACAGAAGAGAAGGAAGGAGUUUUACAAGAGAGGCUACAAAGCAGUGAUUCUCUUGGUGAAUUGAAGGAUCAGUACAGUCAGCUGCAGGUGGAGAAUGAAACUGUCCAAGUUGAGCUGCAGUCUGCCACCACUGAACUGGGAGAGAUGAGUGAGAUUCUGAAGGGAGUGAGGGAGGAGAAGAGAGAGCUGAUGGACAGACUGGAGAGUGUGCAGCAGGAACACCAGCUGAUCAGCCAGGAGCUGGCAUCCACCAUGGGACAGUUACAGGAGGCACAGCAGACUGCUGAGAGCUACAAGCUUGACUUGGAGGCCAGCCAAUCUGAGAAGAGUGGUCUUCAGGAGAAGAUAGACCAGUUAGAGGAGGAUAGAACCAGUUUGAACCAGGAUAUUGACAAAACAAAGGCUGAUCUGGCUCUUAAGGAUAAGGAAAUGGAAAGUCUCCAGUCUGAGUAUGAGACAUUGAAGGAGCUGCUUCAGGCUAAGGAGGAGGAAUCCUCAGCCCAGUCUGCCAAGGAGCUGCAGAAGCUGGAGACGGCUUGUGCCAGCCUGCGAGGCCAGCUGGCAGAGGAGCGCACGGAGAGCGAGCAGCUGAGGUCCAGUCUGCAGACUCUGCAGACAGACAUGGAGCAGAAGGUACAGCAGGGGGAGGAGGCAGUCAGGACACUGCAGGGGACUGCAGACAAGCUGCAGAAGGACAAGGAGGCCCUGCAGGGUAAGCUGCAGCUGACGUUGAGAAAUGCCCGUCAGCUAGAGAAGGACCUGUCAUCGCUGCAGUGCCAUGUCACAGAGCUAGAGGCAGCCAAUGAAAACUUGACUAAAGAGGUAGGCAGUGAUGGAUACUUGCUGAUGUUAUUUUGUUGUAAGACCAUUUGUAACAAUUUGCUCCAUCUAGAAGUAGAUCAUUUUUGGUCUGUGAAUUGUACUGGUGAUCUGAAAUGUGUGAGAAAUCAGGCUGGUGUUGAUGUCAUCAUAGCAGUACAGGUGAAGUACACAUAGUAUGGUAAAAUUUAG